GCGGCAGUUGGCCGGAGUCACGUUUGUCAGUAGGUAUGUUGUCUGUCUGGCUGCCGCUCGGCAAUUGAUUCUCUACGUUAGAGAUGUUUCCAGAGCUGAACAACAUUCUCAAUUCAACUCCUGAAACUUGUGAGCAGAUUAACUGAACGAAUAAGAAGGUCAGGAAGUAAAAAAGAUCACCCUUAAAAGGAUGAGCUGCCAAGUAUUCGGUGUGUAAUAGAAGAUGGCUAAUUGACAGACAUGAUCAUAGAUGGACCAAAGGAGGGAAAAGCUGUGCUCCUAAGUGACAAGCAGACAGAUGGCAGUUUCCUUGUGCAUCACUUCCUUUCUUUUUAUCUCAAGGGAGGUUGCAAAGUUUGCUUUCUUGGCUUGGUCCAGUCUUUUAAUCAUUACAGCCUCGUUGCCCAAAAGCUGGGAGUUCAUCUAGCUGCAGCCAGAGAAAAAGGACAGCUGGUGUUUCUGGAAGGACUCCGGUCUUCUCUUGACCUCAUACUUAGUGACAGGCAGGACAGUACACCACAAACACUGUCGCCUUUGCAGUUUCUAAUCUCUCCCAAUGCAAGCCUCCAGUGCCUUUAUGAUUUUGUUUGUAAAUCGCUAUUGGAGACCAGUGAAACCACUUGGAAGUUUCCUGUACUGAUUAUAGAUGACCUCAGUGUCCUGCUCAGCCUGGGAGUGACCCCUGUAAACAUCAUGAAUUUCAUUCAUUACUGCAGAGCUACAAUAUGCUCAAAGUUUAUGGGAAAUAUAGUGACGUUGAUGCAUAACACAGAGCAUUUGGAAGAUGAAGAAAAUAAUUUUGUGGCCAAAUCAUUGAGUCACCAGUGCCACCUGAUACUAGAGGUAGAAGGAUUGACUACAGGCUACUGCAAGGAUAUCCAUGGUCAGCUGAAGAUGACCUGCCGUUCCCCUUCACCUGUCAAGUCUGAGAAGAAUGUCACCAAAAUUUUCCAGUACAAGAUACAAGAGAAAAACGUGACCUUUUUUGCCAGAGGAACCUCAUCUGCUGUGCUCUAGGGAAUUUCUUUGGAAUUGCUUCACUGAUGUGUGGAGUGGAAAUGACUCUUUACCUUUUGAAAUGCAUACAAAUUUAAUUGGUUAUGAUGUGGAACAAGUAUGAGAUGUCUGGGCUUCAAGUAGCGAAUGGGGCUAUUUCUUUGGAGUCCUUUGGCUCAGGUGGAUUUGGUAAUUUAUUUUCAAAAGUGUAUAGAUUGUAUUCAGUUGCAUAUGUCACAUUUGUAAGGCAUAAAUUCAUUCACAAAGAUCCAACCCCUAGACCAGAUUUUACAGUGCAUUAUCUAAAUUUCUGUUUUUGCAUCCUACAACUUCAAUUUUCCAUUUAUUCAUUCAUAUUCACGUAACUCAGUUUAACAGCAGUGUUUGCCUGUUCAAACGGAUCAAAAGAAAACAUUUUUGUUUUGCUUUCAAAGCCCUCAAUUAUUCUUUCCUUUCCCACACACUUUCAACACUCCCUUCUUUCUUGUAUUUUUUUAUUGUAUUCAUGUACUAAUAUUUUGUAUUAAGGAAAUAAAUCAAGUUGCUGAAGGCAACUUAAGUAUUAA